CCGACCUUGAUAAGCAGACAAGAGUUUAUUGGGAUAGCUACAACGGUACUGUAAUAAAUCAGUGAAUUUAUUCUUCUUAAUUAUUUACUUAUAAGCUUGUUAUCCGAAUGAUAGAUUUGUUUUUGUAUUGAAGCGCUGUCAAAAUGGCGUUGUCUCUAACGAAAAUUUUCAAUUUUGUAAAAGGGAGCUUGAAAAAUGCCCAUGCUUGUAAUCAGAGAGUAUUCGAAAGAUCAGUGCAGAGUUCAGUUGGCUUCAAAGAGGACUUGUCCAACUUUGAUCCAGUACAAGUUAAAUUGCUGGAUGAGAUGUGCAUCGCCGUAGAUGAGAACGACAACGUGAUUGGACCCCGCACGAAGAAAGACUGUCAUUUGUUGGAAAACAUUAAUAAAGGUUUACUGCACAGAGCCUUUAGUGUGUUUCUUUUUAAUUCAAAGGGAGAACUCUUGUUGCAGCAGCGAUCUGAUGCCAAAAUUACUUUCCCAGGUUACUACACAAAUACAUGUUGCAGUCAUCCUCUGUUCAUUGCCUCUGAACUAGAAGAAAUCAAAGCUCUUGGUGUGAAAAGAGCAGCUCAAAGAAGAUUGGGAAUUGAAUUGGGAAUUGAUCCUGCCAGUAUUGCUGCUGAAGAUUUUCUGUACAUGACUCGCAUUUUAUACUCAGCUCCAUCAGAUCAAAAGUGGGGAGAAAGAGAGAUUGAUUAUGUCUUGGUGGUUCAGAAAGAUGUGGAUCUCAACCCCAAUCCCAAUGAAGUGAAGGAGUGUGUUUAUGUUGCUAGAGAUGAUCUCAAAGGAUUUCUAGAUGGAGUUAAGAACAAAGGAUAUAAAAUUACCCCAUGGUUCAAAUUAAUUGCAGAAACCUUUCUGCCCAAAUAUUGGGAUAACUUGGACAAAUUAAAGCCACAUCGUGACCAUAAAACAAUUCAUGCAUUAUAAUAUCAAAGCUUUUUCAUCCUACAGAUUGGUCCUAAGCAGCAGAUACCCCAGUACUUACUUAACUGUUCAUGUUUGUGGAAAAGUGCCUUUGUUGCUCAAGUUCUUCAGUAUGAAGUUUUAUAUGUAUAAAUACUUUGCGUGUAUUGGGUGCUUUUAACUUAGUUAUGGUGUGUGUUGUAUAUUUUUGAAACCUUUUAUUGUAGAUAUACUGGUAUUAAAUGUACAGUUUGGUUUUUA